CAGUCGCCGAAAGCAGAAUAACUUCAGCAUGUGAGUAUCGACGACACAAUCUAACCGAAUCUUCCUCGAAUUCUUGUGUUCCAAAUCACGAAACAUGGCUAAAUGAAAUGAAGAUUAAUUUGUUUUUCUGUUGUUGACGUCCAUUUUUAUCGAAAUACUUCGCAUCUACUAAAUUUACUUCUUUAAAUGUGACAACAAAAACAUUUAUGCUUUAAAAAUAUAUAUAUACCAACGUAAAUGUGACUGUCGAAUAUUUUUUUAUACUCGUAGGUUUAGUUGAAAAUGUCAUGCCAGGUUUUGCCCAAUGUUUAUCAUUAAAUCUAUUCACAUUUUUGGGGAGGGGAGGGAUUUGAGAAAAUUGGUCGGUGUAUAGGCUUAUAGGAUAAUAUGUUUUACGGCGUGACCGUGUUUGAGGGCGAAGCAAAAAAGUUUUGGCAUUAGUAUCUAUAUCCAAAACAGGACAAAAAUAACCCGAAGUUAGCACGCGGACGGAGCUGUAUCAAAGCAUCCCAAUUUUGGACAUUUGAUCCGCCUAUAUAUUGAACGCGGGAAAUAUAACGCAAUCGAUGUAAACAGUACAUUGUGACGUCAUAUUCAGCGUCGUUAUUUAGCAAAUUUACAGCGUUUGAACCAAAACAAAAAACAUGGCGUUAAUCGUGGAGUGAUUAUAUAUGAUUAAGGAAAUAAGAUUUACAGGUUUUUACGGAUUUUAUGUAACAUCUCAGAACGACGUGAACUAGGGUAGACGAGAUUCAAAAUGGAAGAAUACAUGUCCACGCGGUAAUAUUCGAAUCGACGCCAUUGGUACCAAACUUUUCAAGUUCCAUAGUAUGCCAACCGAAGCAGUCGAGAAACCCAUCGACGACACCAAGCCCGAGGAGGCUUCAGGGUCAGGGACCGAGUCCGACAGCGAUGAUGACGUCCCUGAUCUGGAGGACGGAGAUAUGCAGCAACAGAGCCAGGUGGCUGCUGCAGCUGGUAUCCCAGAGGAACUGGUCAGCAAAGCUAAACAGAGUCGUAGUGAGAAGAAAGCCAGGAAAGCAAUGUCUAAACUGGGUUUAAAACAGAUUCAAGGAGUAACCAGAGUGACCAUAAGAAAAUCCAAGAACAUUUUAUUUGUCAUCAACCGACCAGAUGUGUACAAAAGCCCAGCAUCAGAUACCUACAUCGUGUUCGGUGAAGCUAAGAUUGAAGAUCUGAGUCAACAAGCCCAAAUGGCAGCUGCAGAAAAGUUUAAGACACCUGAGAAUCCCGCCGGCCUUGGAGGAGAGGUAUCCAGCACUGUAUCACAGCCCAUCCCUGAGGAGUCUGAGGAUGAAGGAGAGGUUGAUGAAUCAGGAGUGGAGAGUAAAGACAUUGAACUCGUCAUGUCCCAAGCUAACGUUUCCCGAUCAAAAGCUGUCAAAGCGCUUCGGAACAAUAGUAAUGACAUUGUCAAUGCGAUUAUGGUAAGUUUUAUUCAUAACGUAUUGUUACAGAAUAACAAGAUUUUACAAAAGCAUAGCUAGAAGUUGUUUACAGAGGGGUUGUAUGAAAGGCGAAGACAACAGGGACAAGAUCAUCGUCCUGAAGGAGGAAUAACACACAGGAGAAUCUGAUAUAAAUAGAAAGUGGAGGAUAUGAACAAUUGAAAUUGAAAACAUUCAAAUUCACCUUUAAUAUAUUUGAUUUUUCAACAAUUCAGGUUUAGUAGAAAAUAACUUAUGGGGGAAAAUGGGAAAAGUUCCUGCUAGACGUAAACCCACAAUCUACCGAUUAGCAGUUGACAGUCGAGAGUUACCCAGCUAGGCAUUUAGAUUUAAACAGGUCCAGUCCCAAGACUAUUUCUACCUACUUUUACCUGUUUUUGAAAAUACUGACAAAUGAUAAUUAGGGCGCAUCUUUUAAAUGGGGCAUUGUUUACUAUGGGCACUAUGACGAUGUGUUAUUCCUCUUUAAAUAAGACGCGUUUUUAAUUUGUCAUGACAACUGAAGACUAGGUGAGCGGUUUUUAAUAUCGGUUUUUAAUAUCGUUUUAACUUUUUCCUUUUUGUUUUACAGGAGCUGACUAUGUAGCGGCAGUUCUCUCCCCUGUUUUGUCUUAUGUGAUAUUUUGUUUCCUCUCUUCAAAUAAAAAUGACCUAGAA